AUGUUGCCUUUCGCCGGCUCGCCCAGUCAUCUGGGGCUGGGGACCACGCGUGCCCAGGACCGAUCCGCCGCGCAGGCUGGUCUGUUUCGUCCGCCGUCUUCGCCCCCGAGCCCCGCGAUGGCCCCGACCACUCCAAAGGAGCCUACGCUCCUGGCGAAGCUCAAAAUGCAUCAGAUUGCCAUGAGAAUGGUGAAGGUAGCGGAGAUGCAGCGGCGGCGGCACCGCAAAAGCAUCGAAGACCACGAGGCGGCUGUACACCUCGACGAAGAACACAUUGCAGCCGCCACCGGCGUGCGCCUGGAUAAUGUGCUUGCCUUCCGUAAACUUGUGAAUGCCACGAUGAACGCUACGGUGGCUUCCGCGUCUCUGAGAGAGAAAGAUUCAGUCCUCGGGAAAACAACUCUUGCCAUGAGCAUCUUCAACAUUCCUUCCGAGAUCCAGAGACGCGUCACAGACAAAGACAGGUGGAGGCGGCUCUUCCCUGCAGCCCGUGGAGAACGUCCUGGCGGUGUGUUAACGGCACUCUUCCUGGCAAUAAUGGCCGAAGCAUGCGGUCGGUAUGAUGAAGCAGACGUCUACAUCCUUCAGCUUCUCGUGUGCAAGGCCGCGCGACUUGAGGAGCUGACGCCGGAGGAGCGAACAUGCGUCCAGCGCGCGUUUCACCGCCGAAUCCAGCAGAGCAAGAAUUCCUGGAAGCACGUGAUGGCUCUUGAGAAAGCUUUGGAUAUUCGACGAGACGCUAGCAACUCUAAAAGAUCCUACAAAAUUGCGGAGCUAGCAGCGUGCAAGGACCGAUUGAGGGACGACAUUGUGCGACACUGCUAUGGCAUCAUUUGGGCCACCACGCACUUGAUUAUGCCAACUCCUGGGUCGCCGGCGACUCAGAUGUUUUCUCACAAGUGCAUCGCGACCGCCUUUCGACAGGUCACACAAUUCACCGACUCCGUGCCCCAGUAUCAGUGCCUCCAGCUGGCUGAGGCGAACUACAAGAGAGCGGUACAUUUUGCCAAGACAGACGAGACCAUGGGGCCUUGCGAUAAGCUGCGGAUCGAGACUCUCAUCAGCUGGGCGAACUUCCUGUUCUACAACCUCGAGAAGAAGGACGAAGCGUUGGCAUCCGCUCGUGAAACACUUCAGGAGAGCAUGACGAAGCUCGACUCGGUGCCGCAAGCGCAGUUUGCGGAUGUUGUGGAAGCUUUGCAGCUUCUCAUGAAGAGCAUCUGGCGGUGGAGCCAAGAAAGCCGCAAGGACGCAGUGUACGACUGGUGGUCCAGUCCCUGA